AUGAUGGCAUCCAGGGCCGUUCAUAGUCCGGUUAACGGGACCACAGCCAUCCCCUGGAGGGGCAGCAGGAGUAGACGAACCCUCCUGGAGCAGCUGAAGGGGUGCCAGGAGGCCUGGUGUCCCAGGACGCCCUUGGACAGAGAAGAGGCCCAGGCUGUCCUCAGUGGGACACCCACUGGGAGUUUCCUGGUGCUGCGGGAUCCUGUGACGUCUCAGCCCAGCCUGCUGUGUGUGUCUGCAGGGGAGCAGAAUGAAGAAAUCCUUCAGCGCAAGAUCCAGUACAGGGGCACAGUCUUCCAGCUGUGUGAGUCUCGUCUUUCUUUCUCUGAUUUGCCACAGUUGGUGCUUUUCUACUCUCUAACCAGGGAUGUGCUACCUGUCUGUCUGGUCAUUCCCUGUUGGAUCUACAGCUUAACAAAGAUGAACAAAGAUUGUCUCAUUCCGCUCGAACCCAAAACUUGGCUUAUCACACCACCUGAACUGCAGACUGAGGAAAUGACAAACAGGGAACUAAGUAAUGUUAUGUGCUCCAUACAGUUGACUUCCACCAACGGUGCUCUGUGCAUCGUAAAUCCACUCUACCUUCAUGAACAUGGAGACGACUGGCUGACUCACAGGACAGCAGCUGUACAAUCCUCCAUUAACAGACAAGAACGCCGCCUCAGCACCACCCGAACAUGGGCAGGGUCAGGUCUACAGAAUAAGCGAGCCAUCUCUUUGGAGCAAGAAUCCUCUGCUGUCAGUCCAGAGGGUGCAGGUCUAGUAAGAGCCAGGUCAGCUGAUUCCUCCUCCGCCCAGCCAACACCAACAGAAGUGGUCCUCAGGAGGCCAAGCAAGGAUUUUCUCAACAGUGCCCCUCAAAAAGUGAGCACAGGGAGCCUUUCCAUUUCCUCCACCCCAGGAAGCACCACACCUGAGCUGCAUCGUCACAGUAGCCCUGUGCCUCAGUGUCCUCAUCGGGUGUCCUGGAUUGAAGAUGGGUUUUGGUUGCCUCCACCCAGGCCCUUGUCCUUACUCCACCCCCCUUCACUGGAGCUCGAUUCGCUGUCGAUCAGCAGCAUAGAGGAAGAGCAGGAAACCUACAUCCCAAGCCCCUCAUCACACACUCCACAACCACACCGUUUGGCCAAUAAAGUCAUAAACCGUCUCUCAGCUGUGGGCCAGGCGCUGGGAGGGCUGGUGUCCCAGAAGAAAAGACUGAUCAAUCGAGUGCAGGAGCUGAGCGAGAGGAAGGGCAGGGCCUUUGCUGAAGCUGUGAAGGGAUUUGUGGACGUGACUCUGAAGGGAGGUACUGACCCCAGUGGUGUGACAGGGUCAGAGUUCUUACAGGAAGUGAGGUCAUCGCUUACAUCACUGAGGGAGAUGCUCCUGGACUGUCCAGACAUCCAGGCCAUAUUGGACAGCAUUACUGACCUCAAUGACUUUGAGAUCGAGUCCCUGGUGGAGCUGUCCCUCCACAAAGUGGCUCUAAAGCCCGUUUCUGCUCAUCUCUACAGCUGCAUUCACACGUCCUGCACCAACAACGGCAGCUUUGAGCGGCUCCAAAGCAACUUUCUUCUGCUGGAGAAGAAAAAAGUACAGGAACUGGGGGGUUCAGCGGGAGUUGGAGUUCCUGACUCUAUCAUACUGGAGCGGAUACAACAGAGGUGGAAUAGUAUGCACGGGACCUACUCCCCAAACAAGAAGAUUCAGAUUCUUCUCAAAGUCUGCAAGAGCAUUUAUCACAGCAUGAGUGCUAACGGUAGUUCAGGGACGGUGUUUGGAGCAGAUGAUUUCCUACCCUGCUUGACAUGGGUGCUGCUGCGAAGCAACUUAGUCGCCUUACAGGUGGAUACAGACUACAUGAUGGAGCUGCUGGACCCUACACAACUGCAGGGAGAGGGUGGCUACUACCUUACAACUCUAUAUGCCUCUCUGUACUACAUCAGCAGCUUCCGGCCACGGCUGGCUGCCCGCCAGCUCAGCAUGGAGGCCCAAAACUCCAUUAACCAAUGGCAUCGCAGGCGCACGUUGUACUGCAAUCAAGCGCGUCGCAGCAAACACCGACAGACGAUUCGCAGGCAGUCGUGUCGAGACCAGAGCAAGCGGAAGUCCAAGACAGAAAUUGGGUGUAAGAAUGAAAAGCUCCUCAUCCCCAGGCCUGCAGAAACAGUCAGCACCUACAGGAACAACACAAACUGCAGCGAGUUCCUCACCAAGGACGAGUUGUUGUGA